GACGUGGACCUAAUCGACAUCCUGUGGAGGCAGGACAUCGACCUCGGUGCGAGGCGAGAGGUGUUUGACUACUGCCACCGUCAGAAGGAGCAUGAGCUGCAGCGGCAGCGGGAGCAGGAGGAGGAGAAGAGGCAGCAGCUGCUGAGGGAGCAGGAGAAGGCCUUGCUGGCUCAGCUGCAGCUGGAUGAGGAGACGGGGGAGUUCGUGCCCCGCCUUGCACCCAGCGGCCAGUCACCACAGUCUGCCACCACCGCCGCGCCCUCUCAAGUCACACAGGUACAGUACACACACACACAGCUGUCAGUCAUGACAGGGGCUGGCCACUCCCCUCCCUGCACUGGGUUGGGUGCAGCUGCUCUGUAGCUAGGUAACCACCUCAUCCAGUGUAAAUAGGGAAAAACAGGUGGCUCUGUAGUUUUGCAUUGGUGGAUUUGUCUCUUUAGAAACUCAUCUGUGAAGACCUUUGUCUAGGUAGUGCUAUGCACUCUGUUCAAAUUCAUACCUAUUCCUUUGCUAAAGACGGGUUACAUAUGAUUUGAAUCUUUCCCUUCAGAAUGUCAGCUUCUCAGAAGAUGGGGAUGCCAUGUCAUUUGAUGAAUGUAUGCAGCUGCUGGCAGAGACCUUCCCACUAGUAGAGGCAGAGGUAAGAAUACAUUCACUAUUAGAUAAAUAUAUAUAUAUCCCUCAAACAAACCAAAAAAACAAUAUCUCAUGUCUGUUCCGGUCUUUUACAGUGUUCCCCCCACCCCCUUUUUUUGGUAUUGUAGACAACCUCUGCCUGUCUGGACGCCACCGUAGCUCCAGCCCCUAACAGCAGCCAUGUCAUGAUGGCAUGUGAGCUGCCAGCUUUGACCCAGCCACCCCUAUUCCCAGCCCCACUGCCCCCACAGAGGACCUCCCCAGAUUUGGAGCAGGCCUGGAUGGAGCUUUUGUCCCUUCCUGAGCUGCAGGUACAAUCGGCAGAUUCUACCACCUCAAUGGCACGAUUCUCUGUGGUGUAAAAAAACACCCAAAUAAUGCAUGGAUUGCAGCAGUCAUGCAUGCAUGAGAGAACCUACUCACCUUUGUUCUGUGUGUUUGAAUGGGACAUAUAGCAGAAGCAGAUAAUACUCAGCUAAAUCCACUGUGAUCAGGUUUCCUCAGAACACUUGCCUCAGAGCAGUGGGAGGGAAGCCUCAAAGGUGUGAAACUGCUUGUGUCCUUGGUAACACCUCAAUAACGCUCUAAUGGUUAGCAGUGGAUGAAGGUAGCAUGGAAACAAACCAGAAAAUAGUUUACUUACAGUACAAAUACAGUGCAUAAUUUCAUGCUAAAAUGUAACUCAAUUAAGGAACCCCAAUUUAUUUGCAAUAUUGCACCUAUGCAAAGUUUCAGCUACUACUGAGAAUAAAAUACAAAGGUUUGAAACCAAGGCUUAGUAAACGCUGAACAACUGCUAGUCCAUGUGAUGGUACUAUACUGCAUAUUACUAUAAUGUUACAUCUUGACGUCUGAUAAACUGCAUGGGUUACUGGAUUUGUUUUGACUCUUCUGAAUCUUGUUUUCCAGCAAUGCCUGAAUAUGCAAAUGAAGGACACACUGGAGCAGACAGGAGGAUAUCUGCCCACUAACACCACCCGUGAGGUGCAGAAUCCAAACUACAGCUUCUACCCAUUGCCCAACCUGGUAGAGAUGGCGUCAAACGCAGCAGAGGUCUGCCCACCUGAAUUCAUCAAUGCCUUUGAGGAGAGCUUACCCAACAUGGCUCCUCUUGACCACCUCAAUCAGAUGACCCUAAAGGCUCCGGACCUAAAUACUAACUUCAGUGCAGAGACUUUCUGUGACGUAUUUUACCCAGACAUUGUCAACACAAAAGUGACCAGUGUCACCCUGCCUUGUGGCCAAGGAAAUGGCAGUAACUCAUUGGCAGAGAUGCCACACAAGCAUUCUUUUACACCAAUAGAAUUACAUGACCUUUCUCCUAGAGAUGCAUUUGACAGAGGCAACAAAACUGAGAUAAUGCCAGAAUUUCCAGAUUCUGAUUCAGGUGUGUCUGUGGAAGCAAGCCCACAUGCUAGCUCCCCUGAGAAAUCGAUGUAUGGGGACGGCUCCUUUGGUGGCUACAGCGAUUCAGACAUGGAGGAGAUGGACAGUAACCCUGAGAGUGCAGAGUCUGACUACUCCGAGAUGUUCUCGCUGUCUUUCCAACCUGAUGGUUUCCAGCCUUCUCCCUCUGUGUCAGCUCAGCAGCAGGACAAAAAGCCCAAACAUGGCAAGACAGAGCCAGAUGAGGAGACUGGCCACAACGAUCCCCCCUUCAUCAAAGACAAGAAGAGGAGGCGCUCCGAGAAGCGUCUCUCCAGAGACGAGCAGCGUGCCAAGGCCCUCCAGAUCCCCUUCACCGUGGACAUGAUCAUCAACCUGCCUGUGGACAAUUUCAACGAGAUGAUGUCCAAGCACCAGCUCAACGAGGCCCAGCUGGCCCUGGUCAGAGACAUCCGUCGGCGGGGCAAGAACAAGGUGGCCGCCCAGAACUGCCGCAAACGCAAGAUGGAGAACAUCGUGGAGCUGGAGUAUGACCUGGACUCGUUGAAGGAGGAGAAGGAGCGACUGCAGAGAGAGAAGACCAAGAAUGACAGCAGCUUGCAGCAGAUGAAGCAGGAGCUUAACACCCUGUACCUGGAGGUGUUCAGUCUGGUGAGGGAUGAGGAGGGGAAACCCUACUCCCCGUCGGAGUACUCACUCCAGCAGACCACCGAUGGUACAGUCUUCCUCGUCCCCCGCAUUAAAAAGACGCUUAUCAAGAAAAAUUACAACUAG